AUGGCGUCGCUGAUGGACGACGUCACCGCCGAGAUCUUCCUCCGCCUCCCGUCGGACGAGCCUGAGCACCUCUUCCGCGCCGCCCUCGUCUGCAAGCCCUGGCUCCGCGUCCUCCGCGACCCCUCCUUCCGCCGCCGCUACAGCGUCUUCCACCGAGAUCCCGCCGCCCGCCUCGCCCUCGCCACCGCGGCGCCCCUCUCCCCCUACCCCGACCUCAGCCGCACGCGCCCCCUCGACUGCCGCCACGGCCGCGUCCUCCUCCACGUGGGGGUCGGGGCUUGGCAUUUCGUCGUCUGGGACCCCGUCACGGGCGAGCAGCACCGCCUCCCGGAGCCCGGCAUCCCGUGGCUCAUCUACACUGCCGCCGUGUUCUGCGCCGUGCCGGGCUGCGACCACCUCGACUGCCACGGCGGCCCCUUUCGGGUUGUCUUUCUGGUCACCGAGGACUACACAGAUCUAGUCAAGGCCGCCGUGUACUCAUCAGAGACAGGCGCGUGGAGCACGCCGGUGACAAUGGACGCCGGCUGUGAUGUCCAGCAUAGGCGAGAUGCCUUUGCGGCUGGAUUCUACUACAAGCCCUAUGUCCAGCCUAGGCGGGGCGCUGUCAUUGGAGAUGAAGCCUACUUCACACUUCGCUGGGGUAACCCAGUCGUCAAGUAUAACUGGAGCAAGAAUCACAUAUCCCUGAUUGAUCCGCCAACAAAGUGUGUGUACAACGUUGGUGUCAAAAAAAAGUCUGUGGACAAGGUCGCCCUCAUGGUGAUGGAGGACAGUUCACUGGGGUUUGCCUGCGUUGAGGGUUCCAGCCUUCAUCUGUGGUCAAGAAAGGUGAAUGCAGAAGGAGAUGCAGAGUGGGCAUGGUGCAGGGCCAUCCAGCUGGAGAGUAUUAUACCUGUUGCCAAUUCUGAUGACAAACCAUUUGUGGUUGGAUCUGCAGAGGGUGUGGGUGUCAUAUUCGUCAGCACCGGUGCUGGCUUAUUCACAAUCAAGCUAGAUUCUGGGCUGGUUAAGAAGGUUGCCGAGUCUGGGGUCUACUUCAGCGUCCUACCCUACAUGAGCUUCUAUACUCCAGAUCGUGGUAGAUUUCCAUCCCUGGCGGAGAUCACUGAUGUCUGAUAUGCGCCGUUCAAGAGCAAGAGUGCAAGACCUUGCGAAAUGGAUGAAGCCAUUAUCAUAAAUGUACUGCUAGUGGCUUCUUGCAGAGCUACCGCUAUCAAAUCCUUUUUAUUUUCUGUUGAGUAGGCAAAGCACGUCUGUUGCAAGUAAUUAUGACCAAAACUAGGGAUGCAUAAUUUGACUUAUCUGGGCCACUCGGUCUGUCCAAAGUUCAUCCAAAUGUACUACUCCCUCCGUUCACUUUUAUAAGACCUUUUAGACAUUUAAAAUAGCACCUAAAACAGUUUAAUUUCAGCUGUCCUAAACGACUUACAAAAGUGAACAGAGGGAGUAGUUCGGAUUCCAAAGCGACAAAAGUGGAACAAAGACCACAUAUGCUGCUAUAUGAAGCUGCUUCUUUUUUUAAUGGUAUUUUUGAAUUCCGGAUGUUUACUUAGUGUUUUGGAUAAGAAUUGGAAGGUGAUCUGGUUAUUGAAUAGUUUUUUUUUUGCGGGGCUGGUUAUUGAAUAGUUGAUCUGGUUGAUUGAACAUGAAUCGACAGCCAUGGUAAAACGGAGAUGAAAGUUGACCUGGAUGUCAUGUCAUGUGUUUUCUGCUUUAUUAUUUCUGAGAUAAGAUGAAUUGCUCCCUUUUCUUCUGUCAUAGAAAGAAAAGCUGGGAGUACAUUUUAGCGUGUUGUGGAGUGGAGCUCGUUCAGUUUUGUUCUCCUGCAUUCCCAAAUAGGAACUGCGUGGAGUCCGCCCCAUCAAGGUUGGGUUAAGCUAAAUACGGACGGUUCUUACUCAUUUGAUGGUGUUGCGGGUGCCGGGAUGAUCUUAUGUGAUGUUGCAUUGUUGCUGGUACUGUCAUCUUCUCAUCUUGCAGCAGAGCCUUGUUCUCGUGCAGAGAUGCCCUAGAAGGAAAGUUGUGCGCAUGUAUGGAAGGACUGUCUUUUGCAAAUUAACGUUCUGAUCGUCCAAUCGAAGUCAAGAUGGACUCAAGUACAUCAGUGGCUAUGAUUUAUUGUGGCAAGGUGGACCGGUCGGUUUAUGCUUCACUGGUUGGCGAAAUUAAGUUACUAAAGUUACUAUUGAGUCUUAGGCAAUCUUGUAUUACUCUUGUAGUCUUGUUCCUCGUUGUCAAAAUAAAGAGAGUGAUAGGCUAGCUAGUUUUGCUAGAGUCGAACAAUUAAGUGGGUCGGUUCGAGCCCGGAGGAUGUUUUGAAGUUUGCCCAAGAGGAUUGUAAGGACCUGAUAAUUGAGCAAGACAAGUAUUAUUCCUGCAAAAAAGAAAA